CCACACCCCAUUUCUCCAGCGAUGCUCCCGUGGAAGAAAAGCAAAUUCGACUUGAUCGAGGAGAAAAAGGGGAAACAGCUGAGCUUCUCAGUGCACAGCCCCAGCAGCCUGGCCGCCUCGCUGGCCCGCGCCUGCCCGGACGGGGUGACCGAGAGCGCCCUGACCCGGGUGUGCGGGAUGUUCAAGUCCAAGCGCAGGAAGAAGGUGAAGAUCACGGGCGAGGACCCGACCUACACGGCUCUGUACCUGGGCAACGCCACCACCAUCCAGUCCAAGGGCGAGGGCUGCACCGACGUGGCGGUGGGCAAGAUCCUGGGCAAGAGCGAGCAGGGCAAGUGCGGCACCAAGAUGCGGCUGACCAUCAGCGGGCAGGGCAUCCGGAUGGUCCACGUGGAGGGCAAAGCCAAGCGACCGGGGCACCUGUACCUGCUCCACAGGAUCACCUACUGCGUGGCCGACCCCCGGGCGCCCAAGAUCUUCGCGUGGAUCUACCGACACGAGCUGAAGCACAAGGCGGUGAUGCUCCGGUGCCACGCGGUGCUGGUGUCCAAGCCCGAGAAAGCCAAAGCCAUGGCGCUGCUCCUGUACCAGACGUCGGCCAACGCACUGGCGGAGUUCAAGCGGCUCAAGAGGAGGGACGACGCCCGGCACCAGCAGCAGAGGCUGGUGGGCGAGCACAGCGUCCCGCUGGUGCCGCUCAGGAAGCUGAUGAACGGCCACUGCAGCUACUACAAGCCCCCGGUGGAGAGGAGCCGGAGCGCCCCCAAACUCGGCUCCAUCACCGAGGACCCCGCGGGGGAGGAGCAGGAGGAGAGGGCGCUGGCCGAGGAGAUCAGCAGCUUGGAGUGCGAGGACAUCUUGGACACUGCCCCCGCGGGGCAGGACCUGAGUGCGCUGAUCAGCGACUUGGGAGAGCUGAGCUUCGGCAACGACGUGGACCUUCUCAGGGCCGACCUGAGGGUGACCCGUUUGCUGUCCGGGGAGAGCACGGGCAGCGACUCCUCCCUGGGGAGUCUGGCCGGGGAGCAGGAGCCGGGAUCAGCCCCCCCUCACCCCCCCCAUCACCCCCCCCUCUCCAGCCGGACCCACCACACACACUCACCCCAAUCGCAAGACACGGGAUGAACUUCAUCCCCCAA